UGUGUAGGUGUGAGCAGCUGUCUGGUGAUGGUGCUCUUCUCCUCCGAGGUGAAGCUCCUCCAUCUUUCUCGUCGGAUUGCUAACUUCAACGAGGAGAACUUUGUUUUCCAGACGCACCGUGAACGCUACGGCUGCUCCUAUUGGCUGUUCCUUCUCGUGUUCCUGCUGCACGCCCUCAACGUCCUGCUGAUCCGCCUGGCGGGGGCGCCCCUCCCCCUGCAGGGGGGGAAGGGGGCGGAGCCCAGCGGCGGCGCCGCAGACCUCAUGUACUGAGAAAUGGG